AUGCAAAAACCAAAAAGACCAAGCUUCGAUCUGACCGAAGCCGAGAUGAGCGCUGUUCAGCGACGCAGCUCGACAGCCCAAUUCUACAACAACAGUAUCCCAUCGGAAUCAAGCGCAGUCUCCGUCGAUGUGCUACUUCGAGCCAACGACGAAAAGCCAGCCGACGUGCUUGAGCCGGUAGCACAGAGAGAGCUUACCCAUGCCGAGAUGCUGGAAGACCUACACACCUGUGUUCAUGCGCUGGUACAGCGACCCUCUGGCGAAGGGGACGCGGCAUUUUCUAUGGAGAGUAUGCUCAAGUAUCUCGCGGACGUGUAUAUGAGCAGCCCGGAACAUCCUGACCGGAUUUCAAGCUCGGAGAUUGUCAAAAUCCUUGAGGAGGAGCGUGCAAUUGCCUUGCGGGCACCUCCGCCCAAAACUAAGUUCACCGUGCGCAUCAAGAGAGCCCUCGGUCUUCUAGCCAAAGACUCUUCAGGAACGAGUGAUCCAUACUGCACCGUCGGUAUCAUUCCACUCGGCACUAAGAAGCUCACCAAGUACGGGCCUCUGCACUUCCAGAAAACAAAGACUAUCUACAAGGACCUGAACCCGGUCUGGGAUGAAGAUCUCAUCUUCGAGGUCGACAAUGUCUGGGGUUCCAAGCUUCUGAUUGAUUGCUUUGAUGAAGAUGAGGCUCUACUUGGCAGAAGCGCCACAGAGCCUGGCGGCGACGACUUCCUUGGAAGGAUUGUGAUACCGCUAAGCACGAUCGGCAUGGAAUUCGCACAGACUAUCGAAGUUUCCUCCCGGUCGCGCCGAUCGAAUGUGACCGGCGCCAUUGAACUAGCGGUCACCGCCAGCCCUAUCAUUGCAGACGAUGUGCGUGCCGAGAAAACGGUCAAGAACAGUCACCUCAACGCGCAAUUCAGCCAGAUCCACGCUGAAUGCAUCGCGCACGACGGCGCGAAAGCCAGCGCGCAGAUGUCAGAGCUUAUGCGCUGCCUGGUGAUGACUAACUGCCUGAAUCCAGUCGUCGCUAACAAAUGCAAGUUUACCAACCAAGUGUCGCAGCUGUGGCGCACUAACACCACCGAUGUCGUGACCAUGGCAAACACUAUCGAAGGAGUGGCGACGGAGGGCGAUUUCAAGAACCUUUCAAAAAGUGAAGCGGAAGAGCUCUAUCAAGCGCUGGCGAAGAUACACAGCUACUUCUGCUGGAUGCUUGUUCGCUUCAAUGACAAGUUUCCGUUCUCGGAGAAGGAUUCCGAUAACCGACUAUUUGACUGGGGUGAUGUACUGGGCCUUGCUAUGAUCGUGCCUGGGUUCACUCAGAAGUUUCCCUCGAUCCUGCCGUUGAACGAAGUGGCAGCCUUGUGCAUUGAGCAAAACGCGGUCAGGUGCGUGAACCUAGCGAAAGAGUCGGCCGCCGAGGCCUGCGAAAACGAGGCGGUUUCACGGCUGGUGUAUAGGUUCAACAUUCACCUCCGUACUCUCGAUGCCGCGCGUGCCAAACCAAGUGCGCCUCUGAGGGAAAUGGGGGUGAGGUAUCUGACCACACACACGCGGACCUAUUUACAAGUGCUUCUCGAAGAACUCGAUGAUACCAUCAAUGGAGUUCUGCACGAGCCGGAAUACGGCGAGAUGAAUCCGUACAUCUUCCAACUCUACUUUCAAUGCAAGCGCUUCGUGACUGAAUACGUCUCGAAACUCAUACCAGCCAGCGAAUGGAAACCUCUAAAGAACUAUGAGCAGAAGUUCACGCGAUUUGUUGUCGAGUGGUUAAACGUUACUCGACGCUUGGCCGCAAACUGGAUACACAUGGCCAUCCAGGUCGACGAUACGGCUGUAUCGGAUGUGCUUUACUCCUCCUCUGUCAUUGAUGUCUUCGCUUGCUUCUCGCAAGCGCUUGAUUUCAUUGUUAAACUGGAAUGGGAGGACCCGAGCACGAACCUAGCGUUCGUAACCAUGUUCUUCGAGAUGGUCUGUGAAGGCUUGACAGUCUAUGCCCAGAAAGUGCGGAUAAAGUUCGAAGAGCAGGCACAUGCGGAAACAGACUUUGUUACCAUUGAGCACUGCAUACACUUAAAUAAUCUGGACAUAGCUGUGGAGAAGAUGAGGGCCACGUUUGAGGCGAUAGACCAGCAGAGUAUGGUGGAGAAAAUAAAGAAAAGUGAGGACUCGCAUUUCAAGUCCCCGCUGGUGGUCUUCUUCGAAGAGCAAGCCAUUUUUGUGCGAGAACAGCUAUACUUCUGUUUGGACUUCUUAGCAAAAAAGAUCGAACCUCUGAUUGUGAAGUUCAUGCAACGGCUGGUUGGCGUUGAAAAGAAACCAGUGCUCAAAGUCCUGGAGAACUUCUUCGUCGGUGAUCUGCUGGAAGACGAUGAGGAUGCUUCGCUCGAGCUGUUGAAGAAGACCAUGGAGAAGAUCGAUUCAAAGACUGUCAUCACAGAAGAUUUAGUGUUCCAAAUGAUGCUGGAUCUAACGGAGUUUCUGGACCUAAUUCUCGGAACGCUGAAUGAAUACCUGAUUACCCACGAUCUGUUCAUCAACAUCUUGGAGAGGCUUUGGAGCAACACGGUGAAUGCUAUGUGGACAGUGAUCAAGCCCAAGAGCAAUCGAUAUCCGCUGAACGAGCAGAAGUCGAAGAUCCUGGCACAUGCACUGAACAUUCUCCGCAACUACUUCCACGCCGGUGGCGAGGGUGUCAAGAACGACAAGAUCGACAUCGAAGAGUUUAUAAAGCUGAAGGAAAUCUUAGGGUUUGUGCCUCUGCCCACCAGCGAGCUCGUAGGCCGGUACUAUCGGGACCAAGAAAAAAUGCAGGCUAAGGCGAAUAAUAUAGUAGAGAAUGACACUGACCUGGCGGAGCUGCCAGAAGAGGAUCUCGGUAAAUUUGAAGCAGAGAUCACGUACGAUCCCGAAACAGGCCUGGUGAAGGUGCUGCUGGUCUGCUGCUAUGGACUGCCAGCCAUGGACGAUACAGGACUAUCGGACCCAUAUGUAAUGAUGAGUGUGCUGCCUGUGAAAGCCCGGAGUAAAAAGCAGAAAUCCGCCGUCAAAUACGAAACCCUGAACCCAGUGUUCGAUCAGAUGAUGGAAACGUACGUCGAUGCCACUGUGGAAGGCGAGAGUCUGAAAUUCGAUUUCUAUGACUACGACUACAUCGGAGGUGAUGAUUACAUGGGCGAGGUGGUCAUUCCAAUCUCAUCCCUGCCUAAGAACAAACCGUACCGUAAUGUCUGGCAGCUUGCGGCCAGAGCCGUUGGGACGAAUAAUCUGCAGAGGUACGGCAAGUCCGAGAUAUCGUUAAUACACAGAAGAAACUUCAGAUCAGUCGAUAUCAACUUACACAACGCCACGGGUCUCUUACCAAUGGAUAGAACAGGAUUGACCGAUUGUUACGUAACUGCGAGGAUACUACCGGACUGUCGCCAGGACAAGGAGCAUGGUGCCUACAAGUCCAAGACUGUGAUGGAAACUCUCAACCCGGUGUUUGAGGAGCCUUUUACCAUUAAAUACAAACGAUCCGACGCGCAAAUGGAACCGGUCAUGCUACAAUUGCAAUUCUGGGAUUACGAUCAAUUUGAGUCGGACGAAUACAUCGCUGAAGUACUGAUCGAUAUAAAGCGCUUAUCAGAGGUCCUCCUUCGACAAGAGUUCGGACUGUCCCGCGCCGGAGCUUCAAUUUCGUCCAAAUACAUAUACUAUAUCUUAAACGACCGAGCCCAGAACCUGAUGCCCAAGUUCUUUAUGGGCAGGAAAGACUACGCAGCGAAAGCCUUUAUAGCCGAGGUUGCGCCGAAUCUAGGCGAUGAAUUCGAAUCCCUCUAGACUCGUAGAAAAGAAAUCUCGAUAUCAAAUAAAUACUGGCUGUGCACUGUGCUCAAGCGCGAUAGGUAAUCGACGACUGUCAAUGGACUUGAAGGC